CGUCUCUGUCAGUCGAAUGCUUUAACAUUAAGUGAAGAAUGAUGGCGAAAAUAUUGCAGUGGCCAACAAAAGUAUGGCAAUUGCCCAAAGUGCGACAUUUGGUUAGGAGUACGUUACGGUAUUUCUCUGGUGGGCAAAAUAAUGAACUUUCUGAUGAAACAAAAACAGACAAAAUAAAUUUCAGUGGGACAUACGUCGACAUGCGUAAGAUCAACGCGAUGAUGAAUAUAAAUUCUGGUGAUAGAAUUCUAACAGUUGCUGCAAGCGGAGCGCAUGCCAUUUCUAAACUUCUUGCUGACCCGGAAGAAGUCGUUGCACUAGAUAUCAGUGCCUCUCAACUGCGCAUGUCCAAACUACAAGCAGUUGGCAUGAAGCUUUUAUCUAGAGAAGAAUUUUGCACGUUUAUAGGCAUCAACAGAGAGCUGACCCCAUCAAAGGAAAGAAUGCAAAUCUAUGAAGAUAUACGAUCUGCUCUUGACGCCGAUUCAAUUGAAUUCUGGGACCGUUCAAAGAAUUUGAUUAAAGAUGGUAUUCUGUAUUGCGGAGAAUUUGAAAAUGCAUUCAUCAACUCGUUUAACGCGUUUUAUCCAACAGAGCAGGAUAAGGCAACGAUCCGACAAUUCCUAGAAUUAGGUGACGAUAUGGAGACCCAGCGUCGUGUCUACAAAGGUCUUCGAGAAACGUCACAAUGGAGAGCGGUUUUCAGGAACCUGUUGAAUUUUGAGUGUUUUUCCAUAAUGAGGAAUGUACUCGAGGAUGAUCAGGAAUUUGACACACUGCUUCUUAACACGUUUAACCAUGUGUGUAACAAUGUCCCAAAUAAUAGAAGUCAUAUGUUGGAAUCAUAUAUGACUGGUGAUUUGACAAUAUGCCAAUUGCCCGCCUAUCUCAGAGAGGGCAAUUUUGAACUAAUAAAGGAUCGUUUAGACAGAAUAAAAUGGGUUGAAGGAGAUAUCGUUGAUCACAUAUCUGAUAGUGUAUCUAAGCCGAAUUUAAGAAAGUUUGAUGGUAUAAACUUGUCCACCGUACCAGUUUACUACGACCAGCCCGAAAAGCUCCCCAACAUGAUGAAAUGUGCUGUGGCAUUAUGCAAUUCUGGCUCGAUGAUUGUUUAUUAUGUGCAUUCGGAUAAACGUAACAAUCGAUUCCAGGAUGACUUGGUAGAAAAGGGUCUGCUGUCUUACGGUGGUCAAGAUCUGACACACGGUGGUUUUCUCAUACCGAGGUGUUCGACAGUUAUUUAAUACAGUUAAAGAAUCAUCUGACAUUUUAAGUGUUAUCAUAAAUUACCCGUUGAAAUUGGUGAAUUGGUAAUUUGGUAAAUGUAUAAACGUGAGUUUAAUUCUUAUGAAAAAUUAAGAUAACAGUGUUAUCAUACUUAUCCACUUUUUGAAAUUCAACCCAAUAAUAUGUUUUAGGCAAUUUUAAGAGUGGCCCAUUGUCAAACUGUAUUUUUCUAUCAUUUAUCAUUGUUCACAUUGUAUUCACAUUUAACAUUCUAGGCACGCUAAUCUUAUAUUGAUUGAACGCACUUGGUAAAAAGGUGAAGAUUAUAUAGAAUAAAAGAUUUAAUAUACUGCUAGAUAAGUUGCUUUAAGAGGGAAUCAUAUAAAACAUUUUUUCCUGUAUAGUAGGCAAUUAUUUCUUGUAUUAUAG